AUGCUUGUUGCUUGUAUCUUCUUCUUUUUUUCCCUGCUGUCUCAAUAUGUUGUACAAUAUACAUCACACAAAGAAUAUGAUAUAAUUGUCUUAGCAGAAAAUUUCGAUGAACGAUUCAUUAAAGUAAUUUAUCAAAUUAUUCAAGGUUAUUUUAAUAAAUUAAAACAAUUUAGUUUUUCUUCAUGCUUAUAUUUACCACCAUUAUCACCAAAUCAAGAUGAUAGUGGUUUAACUCCUGUUUAUUAUCGCAUUGUACCUCGUGGUCAAGUAUCUAGUCUAUUAUCGGAAGUGUCAAGUCUUGAUUUACUUUCCAUAUAUAAUGUGAAUAAAUUUCCAGCAGAUCUAUUUUCAGAAAUAAUAACUUGGUUUGAGAAAAUGUGA